AUGUUCAUUCUAGCAGCCGGUAUCUCGAAACCAAUCGAUUACUUCGUCAAAACACUUCGUGACGGGCGCAGUUUCUGUACCCGCUGGGUGGAGGCUAAACAACGCGGUCAUAUUGUUUUCACGUGUCAAAUCUCUUUCCAUUCGUGGCUCCGNGAUGGAGCCGAACAGCUCCUGGAACAGGCCGCCCAGGGCCACUAUCAGAUCAACCCAGUACGAGAAGAGCGUUUACGACAACGUAUCAAAGAUAAAUUCAAAGUUGGGGCACCACUUUUCGAGAUGCGGCCAACAGAUUUGGAGGAAUUUCUGGCGUUGAAGAUGUCACCAGAACCAAAUAAGUCGUUUGUUUGGGUCAAAAGUGUGCCAAAAUUACGUGAAGACGACCGCAUUCACCGUAUGAUGGCUCUAUACAAUACAGAUUCAACGCUGACAAGAGUGGCUCUGAAGUCUCACCUAACGUAA